UUUCCUCGGCCUUUGCCAGGGUCGUGCUGUGCGUGGACGAGGCCGGAUCGCGUGGGCCUGGGUUUCGGGGCUUCACCCACACACCUUUGGCCCUGCCCCGCGCCUCCUCAGCCCCCAGGGCCGGGCCUUCCCUCCGCCACUACAAACUGGUUCCUCUGCUUUGCUGGGUUCUGUUAGAACUAGUCCCUUUGACUCCCCGUUUCUGUUUGGUUCCCCCCGCCUCUGAGGUUUUGGUUUUCGGGGAGGGAGGAGGGGGUUUUCUUCCUCCAACUCGCACCAGGUUUCCUGCCCCCAAGGCGGGCUUGGGUGCCCCCUCUGGCAGGAAGUGGGGCCGGGCGCACCCGCGUGGCGGUGCAUGUGGUCGGGGUGCGCCGUUUCCCGCGCCUGCAGGGCCAGCGCCCCUCCCCCUCGCCCUAGCGCCUAGACUCGCCGGCCUACAACCGCCAGGCAGGGACACUGGCGGAGGCACCCUCAGUCUGGAGCAGAGGGCGCCAGGGUCUUAACCUGCUUCUUCUCAGUAAGCAGAGUUGCGGUCUGUAAGCAUUCCGCCAGAAACUGCUCCAUUUUACCAAGUUGCUGUGUGACCUUGGGCCAUUCCUGAGUCUUCUCUGAGCUGUUAAAAAAAAAAAGAAAAAGCUAACAAUGGACCUGCCAGGAGUUAUUCCUCUGGUUAUUCCUGCCUAGUUGCCUAAACAUCGAAGGGCCACUGUGUGUGCGGAGACAGGCUGGAGACUCACCAGAGCACAUCGGGCUUGUACCCUAAAUGUGGCUUCUGCAAGCCAGGCCUCCCUGGCGUGCAGGAGCAGGUGGAGAUGAGUGGUUUCUUGGUCUCCCUGGACGGGACUCUGUGCUCCUAAUUCAGUGUGGGCGUUGGGGGAGCAGGUGGUUCAAAGAGUCCCUAACGCAUCACAGCCAGUCCCCCUAACUGCCCCAUAGAGAAGGAGGAUGAGCGAGUCCAGCUCAAAGUCCAGCCAGCCCCUGGCCUCCAAGCAGGAGAAGGACGGGACUGAGAAGCGAGGCCGGGGCAGGCCGCGCAAGCAGCCUCCGGUGAGUCCUGGGCCGGCGCUGGUAGGGAGUCAGAAGGAGCCCAGUGAAGUGCCAACACCGAAGAGACCUCGGGGCCGACCAAAGGGAAGCAAAAAUAAGGGUGCCGCCAAGACACGGAAAACUGCCGCCGCUCCAGGGAGGAAACCGAGGGGCAGACCCAAGAAACUGGAGAAGGAGGAAGAGGAGGGCAUCUCCCAGGAGUCCUCGGAGGAGGAGCAGUGACCACGCGCAGUGCCGCCUGCUCCUUGGCCAUCACAGGAGCAGCUUCCCUGGGACCGGAAGCCCUGCUUCCAGCCCCCUCCCCACCCCCACUGCACACUACCGCACCAGCUGCAGGCUCUGCAGCACCCACGGGAGCAGGGUUUGGCUCAGUCCCUGUGCCCUCCUUCCCAACACACCUGCCCUCUCCCGACAAGGCUAACUUCCCACGUAGCCGCAGCCUGCCCUGCUGCGCACGGCCCUGGAGACGCUGCUCUCCGGGCUCUUUCUCUUGCAGGUCCCCUCUGCUCUGCUGUUCCUGGCUUCCUUGUGUAGGGUCCUGGGAGCAUUCCCUGGCCUUAAUGGGCCCCAGCCCCAUCUCAAUUCAGACAAACCCCAUUGGCUGACCUGGCCGCAGCAAGUGUGGUCCGUGCAGGGAUACAUAGAUCCCGGCUCGCCCCCACCCCUCACCGAACUGUCACCAGGUGGGUUUCUCAGUCACUUUUGCCCCACCUUACCUAGACCCUGCAUUAGGUUGGCUAGAGUCCCUUGGACUACAGGAAGUAGGACAUGAUGGCCCGCCCACCUUGUUCUCACCUGGGACCCAAUGCAGUGACAGAUGGGGUCACACCCAUCUCCAGGGUGAGGUCCUAUUCUCUGACAUUCACCUAAGGCAGUUGGGGCGCUAACUCACCUCCCCCACUUCCUCCAGUGGGGCACCAAGGAGCUAGCCUUGCCCCCCCCUUCUGCUCCUCCCUGCCCCCCAAGGUUCUGGUUCCAUCUUCUCCUCUGUUCACAAACUACCUCUGGACAGUUGUGUUGUUUUUUGUUCAAUGUUCAUUCUUAGACACCCACCAUUGCUGCUGCUACCAGCGCCAAAAGUUCAUCCUCCUGUUCUGCCUGCAUUCUCCCCGAGACACUAGGGGGAAGGGGGGCUGGGGUGCAGCAGGCUGGCUACCAACCACCCCACACCAGGGAUGAUGGGGCCCUGCCCCUUGGAUGCUGCAGCAGAGAGGAGGGGGGGCCCGUUUUGAUGGGAAAGGGGUGUAGGACCACCUCCCCUCGUUCUGUAGGGGAGGGAUGGUCAGUAUUUGGCCCAGCCUGGGGCUCCCCCUCUGAUUUCCUAUUUGCAGUUACUUGAAUAAAAAAACAGCCUUUUCUGGA